UUGGAAUCACACACUCUCAAGUCCCAAGCGAGGCGAAGCAAAUAGUAAACUCUGUUUCCCCUGCGUUUUCCCCUGCUCCUGCAAGUCGUCCACACUCAUCUUCUCUUGGUCUGUUGCGGGCUGAAGUUGAGACUGGUAGGCAUCGUCAGAUCGGAUGGCGGCAUGGCCGGUGGGACUCAGAUUCGAGCCGACCGAGGACGAACUCGUCGAUCAUCACCUUAGAGGGAAGCUCAAGGGAAAACUGGAAGCAUUCUGCCUCAUCCCAGAGCUCUACAUCUACAGUUGCGAGCCUCCGGAUCUGUUCAUUUCAUACAAUGAAUUAUCGGCUAUACCGUCAGACGGACGGGAGUGCUUCUUCUUCUGUCCUUGCGGGGACAAAAUUCCAAAUAAUCGUCGUUCGAAUAACAGGAUGACAGAAUUGGGAUUUUGGAAAGAUACCUGUAAGAAACGCGUUAUACGAUCCCUGGUCACCGGCAAGCAAAUAGGGAUCAGGAAGAUUUUGGUUUACUAUGAGGGUCGACAACCGAAAGGCCGCAAGACCGAUGUGGUCAUGCAUGAAUAUCACCUAAACUCAAGUGUCUCCGACAGUAAAAUCUCCGGCCAGACGGCCUUUGUUCUCUGUCACAUAAUCGACAGGAAACGCAAGAAAGCGAGGUCAGCAAAGGCGUGUGCUUCGGCCAGUUCAAGCACCAUCAGUACUCCUAAUGACUCCGGAAAUGGACGAUCCGACGAAGUUAGUACAGAGGUAUCUGAGGAAGUAACGAUCGAAACCCAAAAUCAGAACGAGAUAUUGAUUUCCAGCAUGCCAGACGAUAAUGGGCCAAUUAUCCCUCAGCAGGACCAUAUGCACGAAGAGCAAAGCCCUCUUUAUGAUGGUUGUCCGUUUAUAGAUGGGCAUAGUGACGAAUUGUAUGAUCUGCUAUAUUCCCCGAGCAACGGUAUGGAGAUCUUGGACCUCUGGAAUAUCCCUACGGAUGAACUAGUAUGCCAAAGUUUCCUUCCUGGAGAAGAAUACGAUGGACUUACUUUUACCUAGUUACCAUGUUGUUGACAUAAGAGGGAUGGGAGAUGGGUGUGCUGUAAAAACUGUAGUUGGGUGAGUGGAGAUUGUGUGUGUAUGGUACAAACUAUGUAGUGCUGCUUAUAACAGUCAGGUUGUAAAAGUAUGGAUACAUCAAUAUUAUGUUUUGUACUGGUUGCAGUGUGAGUGAAGGAAAACCAUUUUGUGCUGGUUGCAAA